ACUCAGUGUGUGAGCCGCUGGUGUAUAGUUACAGAAGGAAGUGAGAGGUCCGGGAACUAAUAGAACACCGGGAGACGUUAGCUGGGGACUGUCACAGGGACAAAGCUGUCAUUGGUCCUCUCCGCACCUCUAUUGAUGCUCAUUUGUGGCCAGGGACGUUUCCUGAAAAAUGUCCGUUACUAUGGCAAUGACUGCUGGGAACGCGGCAUCCUUUCCCAUGAGCAACCACACCCGGGAGAGAGUGACUGUUGCCAAACUCACAUUAGAAACUUUUUACAGUAAUCUAAUUUUACAGCAUGAGGAGAGAGAAACCAGGCAGAAGAGACUAGAAAUAGCUAUGAAUGAGGAAGGCUUGGGGGAUGAAGAGAAAAAACUACGCCGAUCGCAGCAUGCACGUAAGGAGACAGAAUUCCUGCGUCUCAAGAGAACCCGGCUUGGCUUAGAUGACUUUGAGUCGCUGAAAGUCAUUGGCAGAGGCGCUUUUGGAGAGGUACGCCUCGUUCAGAAGAAAGAUACUGGUCAUAUUUAUGCAAUGAAGAUACUAAGAAAGGCGGACAUGCUGGAGAAGGAACAGGUGGCGCAUAUCCGGGCAGAACGCGAUAUAUUAGUGGAAGCAGAUGGUGCCUGGGUGGUAAAAAUGUUCUACAGCUUUCAGGAUAAAAGGAAUCUUUACCUGAUCAUGGAGUUCUUACCAGGAGGGGACAUGAUGACUUUGCUUAUGAAAAAGGACACGUUGACAGAGGAAGAAACACAGUUUUAUAUUGCAGAGACUGUGCUAGCAAUUGAUGCUAUUCAUCAGCUGGGAUUUAUCCACAGAGAUAUCAAACCAGACAAUCUGUUAUUGGAUGCAAAGGGUCAUGUCAAACUUUCAGAUUUUGGGCUAUGCACAGGAUUAAAGAAAGCUCAUCGGACUGAGUUUUACCGGAACCUUACGCACAAUCCUCCUAGUGACUUCACAUUUCAAAAUAUGAACUCUAAAAGGAAGGCCGAAACAUGGAAGAACAAACGGAGGCAGCUGGCUUAUUCCACUGUUGGAACUCCAGAUUACAUCGCACCUGAGGUGUUUAUGCAGACCGGUUACAAUAAGCUGUGCGACUGGUGGUCACUGGGAGUCAUUAUGUAUGAGAUGCUGAUAGGAUAUCCCCCGUUCUGCUCUGAAACACCUCAAGAAACUUACAGGAAAGUUAUGAACUGGAAGGAGACUCUGGUGUUUCCUCCUGAGGUGCCGAUAUCAGAAAAAUCCAAAGAUCUGAUUCUGAGGUUCUGUACAGAUUCAGAAAACAGAAUUGGCGCCAGUGGUGUUGAAGAGAUUAAGACUCAUCCUUUUUUUGAAUGUGUAGAUUGGGGACAUAUCAGGGAGAGACCUGCAGCGAUUACUAUUGAAAUAAAAAGCAUCGAUGACACGUCUAACUUUGAUGAGUUUCCGGAGUCUGACAUCUUACAACCAGUGCCAAAUACAACGGAACCAGACUAUAAAUCCAAGGACUGGGUAUUUUUAAACUAUACCUAUAAACGUUUUGAGGGAUUAACACAACGCGGUUCCAUUCCAUCUUACAUGAAAUCCGGAAAGCUUUGAACCAAUGGACCAUUUUACAAGGAAAACUAACCAUUCUCAGGUACCUGCAACUUACAGAGUUCUCUACAAAAGAAAACAAUCCAUGGAGUUGUUUGUACUCGCUGUAUGCACGUUACCAACACGAGGAAAUUCUACGGGAUUAGGAUUUCUGACUACUACAGGAACAAGUUGGCUGUGCCAGCUGGCUUUUCUUUUUUUAUUAUUUUAAAAAGAAAUAUUUUAUGUUAACGUUCUAUGGAGGUACUGGAAGGAAGCUCAUGCAAAGCCUUUUUUACCCUACUGAUGAUGCACUAUCCUGGUGCAUAAGGGUCUUUUUUGUUUUUAGGUGGCAUUUUUGGUACUGUGAAAUUCUGAAACCCGUAUCAUUUGAAGCUUAACUGCCACGGACAUAAAGAAAAUGACCAGUAUGCGGAUGUUAUGUGAUUACUGGAUGUUUGGUUGUUUGAUUUAACAGCAGCAGCUGUUGGGAGUGAAAUAUUUGUGCAACUGCAUCUUAUAUUUUUUAAUGUAAAUGUUUGUUUAUUUAUUUGGCGAUGUUACAAGGCUUUAUCUGUUGUAUUUAUUCUGUAGCUUUCUUUGUAUAAUCAUGAAGCAAACCUCUUCUAUUUUACUAUAAUCAUCCGGUUAAUCUGCUGAUGACUUAGAUAUGUAAUGACUGCAGAGAACCAAGCGUGUCUGUAUCUAUCUAAAUACAAAAGCUUAACUGAAUUAGGUGAGAGGUUUGGAGGUUCAACACUGCAAAUUCGUGUUUUUUUUUUUUGUUUUUUUUAAAGGGUCCUUUAAUAAUUUAAAAAUCUGUUUUGCAGGUGAUGGUUUUACUGAUAGUUUUAAGAAACCUAGUAAGUUGCAGGGAUAGGGUCGUCUUUUAAUAUAAUGUAAUGUUAACCAUAUCAGUAAGCUUGUUACCUCUCUCUUCAUUGUAAAAUAUCUCUUUUCAGCAGUCAUUAGAUUUCUUCACUGAUAUAAACAUCACAAUAAAUAUAUGAUGAUAAAAAAAUGCAAAAACAAUUUGCUUCUCAAAAAUAUGCACGUUCAAGAUUUAACAAAAAAAAAUCAGAAUUUAUCAUCUACAGUGAAAUCUUAUUUCUGGCAGAGCAGAACCUGCAUUUACCCACUUAAUGCAGAGCGUAUUCUUUAUAAAGUGAUUUAUAUGUAGCAGCCGUGUAAGGUAACGUGUGGUGUGUCAUUUAGGUUUGCUCAGAGAUCAGAGCGUAUCUUGUCUACUAAUACGUCUUUAACAUUAUGUGAGAUACACGUUAACAAUCUAUACAACCCAUUUAAUAAGUAGCUUUUAUGUCCCACUACACACAUGCAUAUUCUUCACAAGUCUGCAAACAAAUAGAUAUAAUUAGCAAAUACUAUUCAUGUAUUAGUUCCUCUGGAUGUGUCUACACAUAAGUGUAGUUAUAGUUUGUACUUGGUUUUCAGCUGGCUGCACAUAUAAUAUAUCAUGUAUUAGUUCCUCUGGAUGUGUCUACACAUAAGUGUAGUUAUAGGUUGUACUUGGUUUUCAGCUGGCUGCACAUAUAAUAUAUCAUGUAUUAGUUCCUCUGGAUGUGUCUACACAUAAGUGUAGUUAUAGUUUGUACUUGGUUUUCAGAUGGCUGCACAUAUAAUAUAUCAUGACAUUAGUUUGUUGGGGUCAGUAUCCAGUACCCUGAGAGAGACUGCAACGUUGUUUAAUUGUUGUGUAUUCUUACACAAGUGUGCAGUGUUGGCGCUCGUAGCUUUAUGUCAGCAGAUUGCUGUCUAGUUAAACAUUCCAGGUACAACCACAUGCUUUUAAUAGGGAUAGCGCUACUAAACAUACUUUCUACGUAGCAAAUGUAUACAAAGUAGUUGUCUGAAAUCCUGAAUGGCGUAAUUAUCCUGUGUUAAAGGGACAUAAAACCCAAACUUUUUUUUUCAUGAUUCAGAUACAAUUUUAAAUAACUUUCCAAUUUACUUCUAGUAUCAAUUUUUUUUAGUUUUCUUGUUAUCCUUUGUUGAAAAGCAGGAAGCAAGCUCAGGAGUGUGCAUGCAGUUUUGCAAAGUUAUAUAUUAGCACUAGAUGGCAGCACUAUUUCCUGUCAUGUAGUGCUGCAGACGUGCACGCUACCUAUCUAGAUCUCUUCAACAAAGAAUAACAAGAGAACAAAGCAAAUUUGAUAAUAGAAGUAAAUUGGAAUCUUUUUAAAAAUUGCUUUCUCUGUCUGAAUCAUUAAAGAAAAAAAUUGGGUUUCGUGUCCCUUUAAGUUCCAUUGGCACAGGGGGGGGGAGCACUGCAGCCUUCUGGUGUCAUUUAAAAUCCAGGAUUUAAGAACAUAGGUGGAGCAAUAAAAAUGAUUAAACCAUUAAUUAGAAACACAUUUGUAAAGGGACUUUUUAGUCAUUUUUUUUCUUUGUGUCGUCUAAAAAAAACUGCUUAUGAAAUGUAUUUCAGCUUUUGUUUGGUUCUGAAAACCGCAUGUCCCUGUCCUGAGUAAAUCAUUAUCUUGUCCCUCUGCACCAGUAUAGCAGGGCAGUUUUGUCCUUAUCGACCAAUGAAGAUUAGUGGAAUGCUGCAGUAUUAGUUUCAUGGGAAAUCUGAACAGCUUUCACUCAACGUUUUUUUCCAGGCAAUAUUUUCAAUAUACUAACGCUGCUCUUUCAUAACCAUGAUAGGACAUUUUUGAGUACUGUAUCCCUUUAAUGUGAGCCAGCUUCAAACCCUGGCCUUGCUGGUUACCAAGGCAUGAUGUUGACUACCUGUAUAUGGUCUGACCACAUGAAAAACACUUUGCGUUUAAAUUAACUAGACUUCCUGAGGUAGUUUAUAAUCAUUUUAUGCAAUUUAAUUCAUAUUUAAAUGGAAUGCUAUUACUUUACAAAACAGGAUAGAAUAUGAUUCUGUUAUCACAUUUGCUUCAUUCUCUUGGAGUUCUUUGCUGAAGAGCAUACCUAGGUAGCCUCAGGAGCGUGCAUGUGUCUUGAACAUUAUUGUCAGCAGUGUUUGCAAUGUUAUGUGUCUGUUCAUUUAGAGUAAGUAUGAAAAUGAUAAAGAUCUAGGAAGUCAUUGUUUGUAAUAUAAAUAUUAUUCUCUAAAGGCCGACAUUGAACUAUUGUGAGCGUAUGUAAAAAUGUUUUGAUUGGAGGGUUGGUAAAUUGAUCACAAUUAAUAAUGAUUCUCCUUUUUGCUAGUUUUUAUUCAAAUGUAUAAAUUUAAUAAAAAAUAUAAAAUGGU